AUGACUGCUACGCAAAGGUAUGAUGUUCCAAAAUCCCAUUCUCGACGUUUGCAGCGGACCGGCGAACCACCUAUACGCGCUCUUGUAGCACGUAGAAGGGAGCCAAGUGCGAAGCAUACGGCGAGGUGGAUUGCCAUAUACGCGGAAUUAUAUACAUUGUGUGUGGAAUUUAUUAUAUUGGAAGGUGACAAUCUUACAAGGAUGUUUCCUGGUAUUUCUUUUGAUUGGGGUGGCAUUCACUUGGAUUCUUUGCACUUCUUUGGAGUUUUGACUGCUUUGAUUGUAUUACCAACUGUUUGUCUAAGAGAUCUUAGGGUCAUUUCAUAUCUUUCAGCUGGGGGUGUCUUUGCAACUAUUCUAGUUAUGUUUUCUGUUAUUUCUGUUGGGGCAACAGAUGGGAUUGGGUAUCAUUAAACAAGUGAAGUUGUGAGAUGGAGUGGCGUACCGUCUGCUGUAGGAAUAUAUGGAUUUUGUUACUCAGGUCAUGCAGUUUUUCCAAAUAUUUAUCAGUCUAUGGCUGAUCGGACAAAAUUUAGGAGGGCGUUAGUAAUAUGCUUUUCUUUGUGCACAGCAAUAUAUGGUUCUUUUGCCGCCAUUAGUUAUCUCAUGUUUGGUGAGAGCACACUUUCCCAGAUAACCUUAAAUUUGCCAAAGGAUGCUGUGGCGUCAAAGGUGGCUUUGUGGAUAACUGUAAUAAAUCCUUUCACCAAAUAUGCAUUGUUGCUUGCUCCACUGGCAAGGAGUAUUGAGGAGCUUUUUCCAUCAGCAAUCUCUAGUAGUGUUUGGUUCUCUCUGCUGUUGAGGACAGCACUAGUAUUUUCAACCGUAUGCAUUGCUUUUCUUCUACCAUUUUUCGGCCUUGUGAUGUCCCUGAUUGGCUCGCUAUUCAGUAUAGUAGUGGCGAUCAUAGCGCCAACCCUAUGCUUCUUGAAGUUAUCAAAGAACAAAGCCACAAAGUUCCAGGUUGCUGUAUCCAUCGUUAUUGUAGCUAUUGGGAUCAUCAGUGCAAUUUUGGGGACCUACAGUUCAAUACUAAAGAUUGUGAAGAGCUAUUGACACAGGUUCUGAGGCAAAUUUCCAAAAUUAAAUAAAGCUAUACCAUUUCUUUUCUUUUUGAAUAUUUAACGGCUCAAAAUAUAUUGUACUGCAGUACUGAGGUAAAGCAACAUAAAAGCUCGAGAGGAGCUCUACUGCUGGGUCAUUAAUCUUCAUGCUUUUUCUUUAUAUGUUUAGAAAAGCAGCAAAUGUGCGCACGGUAUUCAAAAUUAAAUAUAGAUAUACCAAAUCUUUUCUUUUUUAAUAUUUAAAGGGUGGACUAUCUUUUGAUUAUU